GAGUUAUACAACUCAUUUGUAUCGCCAUUUCAUGAUCAAUGCAUGGGUCGGCCACAGGAUCUUGAUUAUGUAGUCCCGCCGGAGUAUCUUAUUCGGAAUUUAAUUGCUGAUCAUUUGCCCGAUCCUUUGAUGGACCAGCUCUCUGAUGAAAUACUUUUUUGGUUGUUUUACCAAUGUUGUCGGGAAGAGAUCCAGUUGGUAGCAGCCAAGGAGCUGUAA